GAGAGGAGGAGGAGGAGGAGGAGGAAAGGAGGAGGGCUGUGCGCAACGUCGGUGCCAAUAGGCGCUGCGCUGUCUAAUUAAACCCCUACCACGUAAUCCAGCCAAACCAUCCCCCCGUUUAAAAUCCACUCCAACGGCGCUCACCGCUUAAACACACUGUCCUCCGCUGCUAUCCCGUCCCGAACCGUCCCGGGCCCUGGAGGAGAGGAGACUCCAGCAGCAUCACCGCCUCCACCUCCGCCUCCAGCAGCAGCUCCGCGCCGCAGCACCGUCACUGCUGCCUCUCGCCUGCACGGUAACAUGUUUUGCGGGGCUCGGCUGCUGUAGCCACGGGCCACUUAGCCAGUCACCCAGCCAGGCAAGUCAGUCAGUCGGCGUGUGCGCGCGUGGACGUGUGUGAGUGUGCAGCGAGGAGCAGCAGUAGUAGUUAAACAGACGGAGAUCUCGGUCGGUCCCAGCAGCAGCAGCAGCAGCAGCAUCCACCAGGAGCACCGGAGGAAAGCAGCCCGAGCAUCCCCGCAAUCUCUCCCCCGGCUGCCCUGCGCUCCAGCCCCGCUGAUCCGGAGCAGGGACAUCCUCCUCCUCCUCCUCCUCCUCCUCCUCCUCAUCCCCUCCACCGACACCACCUCGGCUCUGUCGGGUGUGAAAAGCAGCCUGGGCAGUGCUACAGUCACUGUUUAGUGAAGGAAACCAAGAGUCCCGUCCCGCUGCCAUGGGGAAACAGAACAGCAAGCUGCGGCCGGAGAUGCUGCAGGACCUCCGGGAGAAUACUGAGUUCUCCGACCACGAGCUGCAGGAGUGGUACAAGGGUUUCUUGAAGGACUGCCCCAGUGGAACCCUGAAUGUGGAGGAGUUCAAGAAAAUCUACGCCAACUUCUUCCCCUACGGUGACGCCUCCAAGUUCGCUGAGCACGUUUUCCGAACUUUCGACACCAACGGCGACGGCACGAUAGACUUCCGGGAGUUCAUCAUCGCCUUGAGUGUGACGUCACGGGGCAAGCUGGAGCAGAAGCUGAAAUGGGCCUUCAGCAUGUACGACCUGGAUGGAAACGGGUACAUCAGCCGCGAGGAGAUGCUGGAGAUUGUGCAGGCCAUCUACAAGAUGGUGUCAUCUGUGAUGAAGAUGCCAGAGGAUGAAUCCACGCCGGAGAAGAGGACGGAUAAGAUCUUCAGACAAAUGGACCUCAAUAAUGAUGGCAAGCUGUCCCUGGAGGAGUUUAUCAAAGGUGCCAAAAGCGACCCCUCCAUCGUCCGGCUACUCCAGUGCGACCCCAGCUCGGCCUCCCAGUUCUGAACCCCCCCGCCCCGCCGCGACCCUUCCCUCCUCACCCCCUCUGUUGCUAUUGAAACAGUCACUCAAAUCAAUGCAUGAUGGUUCUCGUCUCUCAUAUCAUCUUCCUUUUCUUUUCUAUUAUUGUCGUUGUGUGCGAGGAUGGAGGAGGGAUUCUAAGGAGGCUAAGGAAAGUCAUCUCUGUCAUUUUACAUUCAUUUUUUGUAUUUGGGGGAAAACGGAGGGACAUGCUUACGUUUAACGAUCAGUCGACGGCGGCGUCCACUAACGCUCCCGAGUAACUCUCUCUCUGGAGUUUCCGGAGGAGCCGGUGACAAAGCGUGGAUGUUUUCUGCAGGGCGGGGAUGGCUCGGUUUGUCCUCCAACUCACAUGUAUAUCAUGUAUAUACUGUAUGUCUAUGUAUAUCAUGAGAUGAAGUACAUUUGUCUCCAUAUAUGGUGCACACUUUCUGGCAUUGAAAGGCAGUAUUAUGUAGCGUAGCUUCCUGGUCUGAUCUGAACGCGUGGUCGGGGUGGAGGCGGGUGGGGGGCAGGACGUUAUAGGGAUUUUACUGCUAUAUGAUCUUUUCGCUGAGAAAAAGAAGGCCUGAGAUCCCAUUUGGUUUUUAUCGAUAUCUUCUUGCAUUUUGUUGAUUUUUAAACUAUCAAUGUGUUGGGGUUUUUUUUUGUUUUUUUUGUUUUUUGUUUUUUUUGCUCAUUUGUACAUAUUGUUUUCCUCCUUCAUGUUGUUUUAUUUAUUCAUUUGUAUUCUUAUUACUGUUGUACUUUUACGUUGACAUUGUUGUUAAAUAUGACCAUACUCCAGUUUACAGUGACAAAGAGAGAGGGGGAACGUGUGAGUUGAGAUCGAUCUCUUUGGGAUUCGCGGAUAUCGUUUUAAAGAAGUGGAAGAUUGUGAAAUAAGAAGAUCCCGCGAUGCAUUUUUUGAUCAACGACACCAGUAGCACAUUAAUCGUUUGAGCCGCCAUGUGUUUAAAUAAAGGUACGGCUGUGCAUUUGGUCUGAAUGCGUGUGUGUGUGUGUGUGUGUGUGCACGACGUGGAUAUGCACCGUGUGCUUGGGGCUAACUUUUACAGUAUUAUCAUGUUGUGUUGUUUUCUUAAUUUGUAAGUAUUUCAAAGAUCUUUAACAACGAGCAGUAAACUUAAGAUAGUCGUAAACCUGUCACCAUACUGCAUGAUCCUGCGAACCAGACGACGACAGACUCCACGAUAACAGUCAUCGCACAGCGGUCUCUUUUUGUAGCUCUGCAGCCUCCUCAGCACUGUACCGGGCAGAAAUGAUUAAAUAUUUGUCUUGCUUUGGGACUAAACCCUCCCUUCCCUCCUCUCUUUCUCUCUCUCUCUCUCUCUCUCUCUCUUUUUUCCUCUGACAGACAGAGAACUCACUAAGGGCUCGUUCAUCACUCUCUAGCUGAAUGCUUUUAUAACCUCCUGGAUUAUUCUGCUCACAGAGCAGGUAGAUGAAGGGACUCGUUUCAGGAGACAGGAGCAGGUAGACGUUCUUGCUCUGAUUAGGAGUUUUUCAGGGUUUUCCAGACAUAUGUAGUCAUCAGUGGCUGUGUUUACAUAAGCACUGAUAGAAAUCAUCAAUUCAUAUUUGGGAUUCCAUAUCCAAACAUAUUUAAUUAAUAUCUGGAGCACCAAGAGAGUGAGAGAGUGCUUUAAACCGUGUGUUACUUGAGUUUUUGAAACCUGGCCCGCACUGAAUAAAACACGCUUCAAAAUAAAAGCGCCCCUCUGAAAUACUGUGCACAUGCAAACAGAGCCACUGUGGCAAGCGGCACCAGCACGACUCCCGUGUGUUCACAGUGCAAGGACGCCCGUUGUAAGAUCACUGUUGCCAUCUUCUGUUCCGGAGGUUAAUCACUACGCACAUUCUGUUAGACGUGUUAAGUGCUGUGCUAACUGGGAAACAGUAGCUUCCAAGAGAGUAAAGCCUGUUAACUGAGGAUCAUCCAAAAGCAUUAAAGGAUAAAUUGUUUUCUUUUAUAUAUACAUUAUUUAUAUAACUGUUAUAUUGGCAUUUUCUGGUUUUACUUUUACAGGUUAAUAUUGCAUAAGUGUGAUGUUUAAGUGUUUUUAAAUUUAAGAAUCAGUGGAAUGUAAACUAAGUACUUUUAUUCAUUUGCUGGACAAUAUUGAGGUACUUCACGAGAGUAUUUUCAUUUUAUGCUACUUUAUACUUCUAAACGACAUUUUAGUUAGAAAUAUUCUUUUUACUGAAUUAAUGGAUCUGUCAACUGUAGUUACUAUUUACUUUUUAUAUUAAGUUUUAAAAAAAGCUUAACAAUUGUAUCUUUAAAGCAUGUCAGUGCAUAUAUUAUAAUGAUUCACUGAUACAUUAAAGUGUUGUGCUGGAAGCCAGUCGUCUUCCAUUUCUAACUAAUGUUAGCUGCUGUUGCUCUUUGUUGGCGGAGCAGUGAGACGGGGCAUCAGAGAGCGUGCACAGAGACACAUCCUUUGGACUGUCGCAGGAUAUCCAACCCGAGUCCUUCCCAAAGAAAUCCACAGUCCAGCAGCAUUGAACAACUUUAGCAAGUCAUCCACAGGCUCACGCAGGCAACAGAGAGACAGGGGAGGUCUCAUUUAUUACGUCACUGUACAGUUCGCUCACACGUGGCCAAUAAAGAAGUGAUUAAAGUAAACCGCAACAAAGUGUUACAUACCCCUUACCCCUGCUCAGUAUAAAUGGACAAGGAUUCCUUUCGAAAAGAAAAAGAAAAAAAAAAACUUUUAGAGUGGCACAUUGCAAUGCUUCAUUGAAAUCCAGACUUUUAAGGCAAUUAUUUCAGAUGGGCGAUCAGCUCCAUUAAGCAAGCUGAGACAGGCCUCACUUCAAAUAGUGCAGAAGGUGAACAGUAAUGAAACAUUGAUUCCUCUGUCUGUUGUGGAAGGUCUUAAAAUCUCUUUCUUAAACUAGUCUAAUAAGAAUCCCGUCAUGCCAGUCUUCACCCCCAGAUUUUUAAGAACAGGCAAACUCAGCCCAAUGUGUGCGUCACCAAACUUUGAAUUAUUGUGUACAAUGGUGGCAAAGUGAACUACCAAUGAGUCUGAGAGCUGUGCUGGUGCAGCUGCGUCUACAUGACAUCAGGACCGACCCAGAGGUUAACUUGUACCAAACAUUUGCACAGGAGCUUCCUAACCAGCCGCACCUCUGCUUGGGGGAUCCUAAUAGUGUCACUGCCUUCUGCUGGUAGGAUAAGGAACAACAGUUGCUAACCCCCUGAUCUACUACAGUUUAACCCUUUUCUAUUCUCACUGCCUUCGAUGAACUGGUACCUUGUGUUGGAUUAAUACAUGCCCUUCUUUCUUUCUUUCUUUCUUUUCUUCCUCCCUCCCUCCCUGACCCUCCCUUUCUUCUAUCCUUCCUAGUUUUUCUGUUGCAUGAAAACCUCACGCGAGGAUGUCAUGUUUGUUCCGUUGGACCUGAAAGCGAAAUAUACCUAUGUGUUUCAAAGCUGCCCGUGUGGACUGU